AUGAAGUUCGCCGCCCUCGCCCUCCUCGCCCUCUCGGGCACCCACGCGGUCAUCCUCCCCCGCGAACGCCCCCACGACCUCGCCAAGUGCCUCAACGACGUCACCAGCACCAUCACCAAGCUCGACACCGAGACCAAGGCCUUCGAAGGCACCAUCCAGCCCGUCGUCAACGCCACCGACGCCGUCACCGCCAACAUCCAGACCUGCCAGUCCAUCGUCGACAACUCGGACCCCAUCGGCCUCUCCGGCGCCCUGGAACUCCUCAAGCCCGUCCAGGAAAUGGACAAGUCGGCCAAGAAGCUCCUCGAAGCCGUCAAGGAAAAGGUCGACGCCGUCAAGAAGGCCAAGAAGUGCGGCCUGGCGCGCGAGAAGAUUGGCGCCCUGUGCACCGCCGGCCGCGCCCUCACCCAGUCCAUCUGCAACAAGAUCAGCCACAGCAUGGCCAGGAACAUUGCCAAGCGCCACGCCGCCAAGAUUGAGAAUAUUCUCACCCAGUCGCAGGAGAUUUUUGAGACGGGCAAGUGCGACGACGUGGAGUAG